GGAGGAAUGGACUUAGACAUGGCGUUCGCCUCCUCUCCUCCUUCUAGAAUUUCACACCCACCGCAUUCUCUUUCUUCUCCAUCUUCAUUCCUAAGCAGACCCAGAAAGAAAAAGAGGAUAAAAAUUGUUUUUUUUUUUUUUUUUUUUUUUUUGAAGAACCUUGUUCUUCCUCUUUCUUUGUCAAAGAUUUGAGCAUAUAAUUCUAGUGGGAUAAUUUUAUGAUCUGGGAUUUGAUUGAAAUUCAUGGCAGAUCACCAUUGAAAUGUCUUGUCUACCGGAUUUCUUGAUCACAUGCUUUAUUGGCAGUUCAGUCUAUUCUGUUGGGGACCAUGAAUUCUAGGUGCUUCAUUGCUUGCUGGUUUGGAGGUCAGAAAAUCUGUGCUACACGUUAUUGUUGGAUAAUGAGUAUGUGUUCUGCUUUCUCUAUGCAGUCUCAUAAGGGAGUUAUAGUUGAAAUGUGGAUGCCAUUAGUGGAUACAUAAUGCUGGCCUUUCUGUAGAUACUAAAUUGCCGUUAUGAUGUAUGGGUUCUGAUUUUAGCUGCAAUGGUAGUCUAAGUUGGUAUCUAGACCCAUUUGGUCUUUUGCUUAAGUUCAAUCACACUGGUAGAAUUUAGGAAAGUGCUAAUACUGCUUUUGUUAGAUGAUAUAGAACAGAUGAACUUCUGAUAGGACAAUCGGGCAGGAUAUAGUGAAUUAUAUGGAAUUGGAAGUUGAAUAGAUUCACUUGGAACAAAAAAAAGGACAGAGAAAUUAUUCAGCUCAACAGGGUUUCAGACUGCAAAUUUGAGCCAUGGGCUUGCCACACCUUUCCUCUGCUGAUGAUACUUAUGAAGAUCCUUCAACAUUGUUGGGUUCGUUUUUGCAAAGCCCACCAGGAUUUGAUGGUGUGAGCUGCUGUGACUUGGAUGGAUUACAUGGAGGAGAUGUAAGCCGAACAGUAGGGCAUUCUCAGAGUUCUUCUUUAGGAGAUUUUCAGAUGAAAAAUGCUUUCAAUCGUUCCAGAUUUCCAGAGAAUUCCUUGAGAUUUGGAGGGGCAGUGGAUGCUACUUCCAAUGUUAAUCAACUGAUGACUGGCUCUAUAGAUAAUAUUGGACGAAUAACUCCUAAAAUUGGAAAGAAUAUCCAAGACCCUGCUUCUAGGAUCAUUGGCUUUGAAUCACGGGGAGCAAGUCCUUUAGAUAAUGGAUUUGAGAGAUUUUCUGUUGAUCAUCUUCACUCUUCCUCUGUUUCUAGCCUCACAGUAAAUCAAGAGCUGGUUGGGCCACUUGUUAGGAAAAGGUUAUUGUCACCUCUAAAAAGCAUGCUUUCUGCAGAAAAAUUUGAUGGGGAUAAUCUGGAUAUUGGCUGUCAUGCUUCUCAGCUGAGUUCCUCUUCUCUGACCAAUAAUUUAAAUAUGUUUGCAGCAGUCGACUAUAAGAAAGCAAAUUUUGGUAGCAAAAUCAAUUUCACUGCAUCAGCCUGGUCCUUAUCUAGUUGCUUGGAUAAAAGCGGUAUGCUAUGUAACAAUAGCACAACAGCAUCUGUUUUGCUUACUGAUGGCCCUCUGCUAGAAAACAAGGAUUCACAUACUAACAGUACCUUUCUAUACUCUCCUGCGCAUGAUCAUUUCAAAGAAUCAAGUGAAGGACGAUAUCGAAAUUGGGCAAUAUCCUUAUCCCCCAGAAAGGCCAUUUCACCUCUAUCAUUAUCUCCUCUAGGGCCUAAGUGCUCUGAAAGAAUAAAAACACCAGGAAGAUGCAAGGAUGUCAAGAGCCCCAUGGGAGAUUGCCGUUCAAAUUUGGAGAAAAUAGGACAGUCACUUGACAAACAUAACUCUGACAUCAUCUUUGCUCCAGAAGAAGCUGAUUUUGGAAUAACAAGCAGAUCGUUUGAAGAUAUUGGUAUCUUUCGCAGAGAGUUUUCUCCUCCUUCCCCUGAAGGUGCUGCUGACAGCUGGUCUUUGUUUCAAGAACCAGCUCCUUCCCAGAGCACAAGGUUCAUUAGAAGUUUAAGUGGCCUUCCUGUUCGUAGGUCCUUGGUUGGUUCAUUUGAGGAAUCGCUACUGUCUGGACGGUUCUUUUCUGGAAAGUUCACCCAGAGAAUAGAUGGUUUCCUAGCUGUGUUGAGCAUUACAGGAGGGAACUUUUCACCACAAGCACAGAAACUUCCUUUUUCAGUGACCAGUGUUGAUGGAGAUUGUUAUUUGCUAUAUUAUGCACCCAUAGAUCUUGCAGGAAAUUCAUCAACUAAGCUCAAAAGCCCAAAAUUGAAAAGAGGCGUAAGCAAUGAUGAUUCACAAACAGUCAGAAGCCGCCUUCGAAUUCCUAUGAAAGGGCGUGUUCAACUGGUCCUCAGCAAUCCAGAGAAAACCCCUCUCCACACCUUUCUUUGCAACUAUGAUUUGAGUGACAUGCCGGCUGGUACCAAAACAUUUUUGCGUCAGAAGGUAACUUUAGCCUCUUCUGGAACAACCUCAUCAGAGUUGAAGCAUAGACAUGUAGGUUUGGAUGGAAAAAUGAAAGACAAAAUGACCUCAGCAUCAGAGAGAAACCAUCCUGUAAAUACAGAUGCUUCUAUCAGCCAAAGUACUGAAGUCAAGGGGAUCGAAUGCCGUGAUAUGGUAGAUAUGAUAGACACCCAGAAUUUUCCCAAGCAAUCUCGGAGUGAGGGAAAGGCAAGUAUGGAUUCUUUUGUACUUGACAAUGGCUGCAGUAAUGGUAAUUGCAGGGGGACAAGUGAGGAGUGCACGGGGGUGGAUACAUGCGUUGGAAAUGACAGAAGAUCAACUCAUGGUUGUUUGAAGAUCAAUGAUAAUGCCCACGGUGGUGCUUUGCGUUAUGCACUCCAUCUACGUUUUCUUUGCCCCUCAAUGAAAAAGUCUUCUAGGUCAGUUCAGCGAUGUAGAUCUGAUCCUGGAUCUGUCCCACAAAAGACACAUUUAGAUGUGGGAGGAGAACGCAGGUUCUAUUUAUACAAUGACCUGAGAGUUGUGUUCCCUCAGCGACAUUCAGAUACUGAUGAGGGCAAGUUAAAUGUGGAAUAUCAUUUCCCAGAAGAUCCAAGAUAUUUUGAUAUCAGCAGCUGAAGUGUCUAAUUGACCUCAAUAGAUUGCCGACUCUGUACAUGCUUCACUUUAGUUGCUUCAUCUCAUCUUAAAAAUACUGCUAAUCUCUCAACUUGUAAAUACUUUUCUUCAAUAAAGUUUGAUGGGUUGAAGCUUGA